CUUACAGGGGAAAGCCCCGAAGCCCCGCCCCACCGGACGUGGCGCAACGGAACGAGACGGAGCCUCGUCUGACUCCGCCUCCCAAGAGGAGGGGGUUUGCCUCUGAGCGUCCGAAGCGCGACCAGGCAAUGUGGCUGAAGGUGGGGGGCCUACUUCGGGGGACCGGUGGACAGCUGGGCCAGACUGUUGGUCGGCCUUGUGGGGCCCUGGGGCCUGGGCCCCACCACUGGGGGCCAUGUGGUGGUUCUUGGGCCCAAAAGUUUUACCAGGGUGGGCCUGGGAGAGGCCUGGGUGAGGAGGACAUUCGCAGGGCACGGGAGGCCCGUCCCAGGAAGACACCCCGGCUCCAGCUGAGUGACCGCUCUCGAGAACGCAAGGUGCCUGCCUCCCGCAUCAGCCGCUUGGCCAACUUUGGGGGUAGGACUGGCUGUGGCUUGGGGCUGGAGCGCUCGGCGGAGAUGGCUAAGGAAGUCCUGCCAGGAGGUCGUCGUGAAUCUUAGGGUGGUUCUGGGCCGGACUCCAACCCCUUCCUGUCGGAGGCCAAUGCCGAGCGGAUCGUGCAGACCUUAUGUACAGUUCGAGGGGCUGCCCUCAAGGUUGGCCAGAUGCUCAGCAUCCAGGACAACAGCUUCAUCAGCCCUCAGCUGCAGCGCAUCUUCGAGCGGGUCCGCCAGAGCGCCGACUUCAUGCCCCGCUGGCAGAUGCUGAGAGUUCUUGAAGAGGAGCUUGGCAGGGACUGGCAGGCCAAGGUGGCCUUCUUGGAGGAGGUGCCCUUUGCCGCUGCCUCAAUUGGGCAGGUGCACCAGGGCCUGCUGAAGGACGGGACGGAGGUGGCCGUGAAGAUCCAGUACCCCGGCGUAGCCCAGAGCAUUCAGAGCGAUGUCCAGAACCUUCUGGCGGUACUCAAGAUGAGCACAGCCCUGCCUGCGGGCCUAUUUGCCGAGCAGAGCCUGCAGGCCUUGCAGCAGGAGCUGGCUUGGGAGUGUGACUACCGUCGUGAGGCAGCUUGUGCCCAGAAUUUCAGGCAGCUGCUGGCAAAUGACCCCUUCUUCCGGGUGCCAGCUGUGGUUAAGGAGCUGUGCACGACACGGGUGCUGGGCAUGGAGCUGGCCGGAGGAGUCCCCCUGGACCAGUGCCAGGGCCUGAGCCAGGACCUGCGGAACCAGAUUUGCUUCCAGCUCCUGACGCUGUGUCUGCGGGAGCUGUUUGAGUUCCGAUUCAUGCAGACGGACCCCAACUGGGCCAACUUCCUAUAUGACGCCACCAGCCACCAGGUGACCCUGCUGGACUUUGGUGCAAGCCGGGAGUUUGGGACAGAGUUCACAGACCAUUACAUCGAGGUGGUGAAGGCUGCAGCUGACGGAGACAGAGACCGUGUCCUACAGAAGUCCAGAGACCUCAAAUUCCUCACAGGCUUUGAAACCAAGGCAUUCUCCGACGCCCACGUGGAGGCAGUGAUGAUCCUGGGGGAGCCCUUCGCCACCCAGGGCCCUUAUGACUUUGGGUCGGGGGAAACUGCCCGCCGCAUCCAGGACCUCAUCCCGGUGCUGCUGCGGCACCGGCUGCGCCCCCCACCCGAGGAGACCUAUGCCCUGCACCGCAAGCUGGCAGGGGCUUUCCUGGCCUGUGCCCGCCUCCAAGCCCACAUCGCCUGCAGGGACCUCUUCCAGGACACCUACCACCGCUACUGGGCCAGUCGCCAGCCAGACGCAGCCACUGCCGGCAGCCUCCCCACCAAAGGAGACUCCUGGGCAGAUCCCUCAUGACAGCCUCCAUGGGGGAUUCAGUCCCCAGAGCAGGCCAUACCCUGCUGUAGUGCCUCUUAGCCCUUCCUCGUCUGCCCUGGGUCAGGGGAGCCCCCUGGGCUUCCCAGUCUUGCCUGGCUCUCCUCCUUGGCCCAGGAGCUCAGGAUCCCUGGGGCUGGGGAACUCCCAACUUCGUGCCCUAGAUCCUGCACCUCCCCACUCCAAAGUGGGCAUCCGGGAACUCUAAGCCAGGGAAGCAGUUAACUUAUCUGUGCCAACAUUUGAGGGAGCCUUGGGCCCCUGCAUGCCGUUUUCAGAUCCGGACUCAUCAGGGGGAGCCCUCACCUCUGCCUCAAGUCUGCCGUGGAAGGCGAGAUGGUGGUCCUGGAGGCAGUCCUCACCUCUGCCUCCCUCGCUCCUCCAACAGCUGCCUUCUCCCGGGUUCCAGCCUCUCAGUGUGUUGGAGAGGUAGGGGUGCGGGGGGAGGGGGGAGCUGAACCUUCAAUCGGAAUAAAAGCAACCCUCCCCUUC